AUGCCCUUUAGAUUGAUGAAUGCGCUUUCAACAUUUCAAAGAAUGAUGGAUACAAUCCUUCCAGGAGUGUCGUUUGUGCGUGUACACCACGAUGAAGUUGUAGUGUUCUCCAAGAAUCUAGAAAAACAUCUUCGGCACCUGCAGCAAUUAUUGGAUGUGAUUGAUGAGGCUGGUCCUAAGCUUAAGUUGACGAAGUGUAACUUCGCCCAAGCGAAGAUCAAGUUGAUUGGUCAUAUUGUCGACAAGAGCGGGAUUGAUGUAGACCUGGGCAAGUUCGAAGAAAUCCGGAAUGCACCGAUCCCGACCACUACGACAGAACUUAAGAGUUUUCUCGGGUUAGCAAGCUACUACCGUCGCUUCAUUUACAAGUUUGCCGAUAUCGCUGCUAUACUCUUUGCGGCUACAUCCGGAAAUGCCCGAUUGAAAUGGACGGGAGAAAUUCCAGAAGCCUUUCAGGAACUACGUAUUAAGUUGACUUCCCCGCCCGUCUUGGCUUAUCCAGACUUCGAGAAGCCCUUCAUCGUUGAGACAGAUGCGUCCUCGGUCUCCGUCGGAGCUGUCUUGGCUCAAAAGACCAUCCAGUACGCAAGUCGUUCUAUGAAUACAUCUGAGCGCAAGUACUCCGCUUGUGAGCGUGAGUCGCUUGCGAUACUGAAGGGUUUCCAUGAAGACAUUGGGCAUUGGGACUUGAAGACUACUCGUCAAUUUGUCACAGAAAGGUACUGGUGGCCGACCGUUUAUAUGGACGUCAGAGACUACGUGAAGAGUGGUGACGGGUGUCAGAUGGCACGCCCGAUUCUCAAGUACAAAAAUACUUUGCGCUUUCCUAUUUCAAGCUUGUUUGAUGUUUUCUGUGUUGACUUUGGCGGCCCCUUCCCUGCCACCUCGUUCGGAAAACGCUUCUUGUUAGUUGCUGUCGAACAUCUGACAGGAUGGCCAAUUGCGAUAGCCACCGCUGAUAGUACUGCUCAAGUGGUUCUUGACUUCGUCAAGAGAGAAAUUAUGUACUCAUUUGGCCCCCCGCAGACCAUUGUCCCUGACAAUGUAACUAGCUUCACAGCCUCAGCCGUUUUAGCUUCAUGGCUCGGCACGGCAUCACGUGGCGCACAGUUCUCGCCUACGCUUCCAUGUCUAAUGGUAGAGCGGAGAGAAUGGUCGGAACGUUGA